AUAAAAGGACACCGAAACAAAAGCCUGAAACUUCAGUUAAUCAGUUAGUUUCUCCCACUCCAUCAAGAAGUCUGUUAGCUUCGAUAUCGUUGCUGAAGAAACAAAUAUUUCAGUCUGAUGUACUAACUGAUCCAUUUUCAACUGAUAAUGCUAACCAAUCACCAGUGAGAAAUGCAUCUGGCAUUGAAAGUAAUAGUAAACAAUCUGAUCAGGUUAUUACACAGAAGGAAUUAAGUGUGUCUGACAACAAUGAUAGACAAACACCACAACAGCAGCCAGAAAGUUCAGUUCUUAAUUUAGCUUCUCCUACACCUCCAAGAAAUCCAUUUGCUUCAAUAUCAUUGCAAAACCAACAGUUGCUGCAGCCAGAUCCAGAAUGUGAUUCCUUUUCAAUUGAUAAUAUUGAUCAAUCACCUGGGAGAAACACAUCUCCUAUUAAAGUUGUCAAUAAACAAUCUAGUCAGGCUGAUGAAAUGGAACUCAGCAAGUCUCAUCUGCUAAGGUCUCCAUUGUUAGAAGCAAUUCAAACUGCAACUGCUAGUGCAAGUUCUGAGCUUGAUGGGAGAGAUUUUGCUGGUCUCUUUGAUAGAUAUGUAAAUGAUAAUGCAAGAAGGUUUGAUUCUGGUAUUAAUGCAUCUAGUGGAUCUCAGACCAACUUUGAGAAUAACAGUUUAAGGACUGAAACGGAAUCAGAUAAUCAUAUAACUCAACCAAAUGAAUUUGGUGGAAGGGUGGAAGAUAUACCACUGGAAGUAGUUUUUCCUUCUCAGAUCCAAUUUAAUGUGGAAGGAUCAACCAUUGAUAACUCAGGUGUCAUUCAGAGGGAAUCAGAUGAAUCUAAUCGUUCUAUUGAUGAGGACCACUCCAUGAAUGAAUCUUUAAAGGUUGCAGAAAGUGGUGAGCGGCUGCUUGAGCAACAGAAUAAGAAGGCCCAAAUAAAACCACAGCCAUGCAAUAAACCAAAGGGGAAAGCACUUUCUCGAAGACAAAGCCUUGCAGGUUCUGGUACAACAUUCAAUGCAGAAGGGAGGAGGCGAAGCACAAGGAUCAAGUCAAGACCUUUGGAAUUCUGGAAAGGUGAAAGAUUCUUAUAUGGACGCCUACAUUCAAGUUUGGCAACCGUAAUCGGGAUAAAAUACGAGUCUCCAAGGAAGGGUGAUGGUCUGAAAGUGAAGUCGUUUGUAAGUGAUGAGUACAAAGAACUGAUUGAACAGGCCGCCAGGUUUUGAGAUGGCCAUAAUUGUUGUUUAUGGACCGACCAUGAAUCCGGGUUGCAAAGUGAGUUUAGCAUACUUUGAUGAACUGAUCACUAGACAUUAGUUCCCAGGAUCUCUCUCUCUCUCUCUCU